CAUACGUAGAUCUAGAUCCCAAAUAUGGAUGUCUAAUAAAUAAAAUCGAGUGUAUUACUGACCCUGAAGUCUAUAUAUUAGAACCAACUCACAAAUUUGACUUCACACAAGUUUCCUGAUAUAUAUAGAGUAAAAAAUGGAGUACGAUUUAGUGUUCUUCAGCACAGCUUUUGCAGUAGGGGUUUUAACCCUUAUUAGUGUGCUAAAGAGAGCAAAUGGGUGGUACUAUUCAUUCAAAUUCAGUUCAGAAAAAUGUCGAUUACCUCCCGGUGACAUGGGCUGGCCAGUCGUCGGAAACAUGCUCUAUUUCGUCAAAUGUCUUUCAGCUUACGAUCUUAAAUCAUUUGUAUCUUACUUUGUUACCAGGUUCGGGGCAGGAGGCAUGUACAGGACAUUCAUGUUUGGAAAGCCAAGCGUUAUCGUUACAACACCUGAAUUAUGCAGGAAAAUCUUAAUGGAUGAUGAAAAUUUUGAUUUAGGAUUUCCCAAAUAUAUUUUGGAGCUGUUGAGGAAAGAACCAAUUGGCGGAACAUCACAGCAAGAAGACAGGCUUGCUCGUCGAUUAACCACUCCAAUAAAAAGUCACGGAUUAGUAUCCUUUUUCUUCGACUUCUUAAGCGAAACUGUGAAAACAACAUUUGAGAAAUGGGCUAACACCGGAGAAGAGCUUAAGUUACUCUUUGAGAUGAAAAAACCAACAUUUAAAGUGCUUAUGCAAGUACUUAUAGGUGGUGAUCAAGUUGCUGAUGAAUUACUCGACGUUUUAUUCCAGGAGAAUAAUCUCCGAUUUGCUGGUCUUCGUAGCUUGCCCCUUGAUUUCCCCGGAUUUACUUACAAUAGGGCAAUGAAGGGUCGAGGAGAGAUAGUUAAGAUAUAUCAACGGAUAAUAAAUGAAAGAAAAGUGAUGAUUGCAAAGAAUAGAGAAGCUCCAAAGACCAACAUACUAGAUAUAAUGCUAGACAAUCAAUAUGAUGAGGAAGGAAAAGGAUUGAAUGAUGAGAAUAUCAUGAAAGUGCUGCUUUGGUAUACAUUUAGUGGUUAUGAAUCUGUUGCUAAAGUUGCCACACAGACAAUUAUGUUAUUGGAAAAACACCCCGAGUGCUUGCAGAAAGCAAAAGAGGAACAAGAGGAAAUAGUUAAGAGAAGAGCAUCUCCAGAUGCAGGUCUUAGUUUCAGCGAGAUUGGACAGAUGAAGUAUGUUGGUAAUGUAAUUAAUGAAACACUGCGUCUGGGUAGCACCGAAACAGUAUUGUUUAGAGAUGCAAGAACUACUGUGAACAUAAAUGGCUACACUAUACCUAAGGGGUGGAAAGUUUUGGCAUUGUUAGGGAAUUUAUAUAUGGACCCUAAAACUUAUGUCAAACCUAAGGAAUUUAAUCCUUCAAGAUGGGAUGAUUUUGAAACCAAGCCAAACUCCUUUAUUCCCUUUGGAAUAGGCCUCAGAUUGUGCCCAGGAUCCAAUUUGGUCAGGCUUGAAGUUUCAGUAUUUCUUCAUUACUUCCUUCUUAACUACAGGCUUGAACAGCUUAAUAAAGAUAGCAAACCUGAAACUUGUAUCGCGAGACUCAAGAAGAUCUCAGCAUAGUGUUAAUGACGACUACAACGUUUUCCAGGAUUCAGCAUUUGAAUUACUCGUUUUUUCAUGCGAGUCAUUGCACUUUAUCAUAUGAAAUCUUGAAAGCAAUGAGCAUGAGUUUGUUUCAUUACGUAAUUUUCAAUAAUGGAGUUGUAGU